CAUUGAUAUACCUAACCUCAAGAUUUACGCCGUUCCUCACCUCCUCCACCACCCUCAGUCACCUCGACUUCACCUCACGACACUCGAGUCCCUUUGAUAGACUGUCAUGAGCACAACCCCUACCUCAAGCCCCAGGCCGUCCAAAUGGUCUCGAGUGGGUGCUGCAAUGCGUCGUAGCACCACUCUCUUGGUCCCAACCUCGAGACCCACCACUCCAGCCCCCGCCGACCGCGACAGUGACUCCGUUUCGAUCACCAAGCAAAAGGUCGACACAACACCUGCCACCCUCGCCCAACAUCCUUCAUCUUCAGCCGUUCCAAAUAUCCCUUCUCCAGUACCUGAAACUCCUCGCGAGCACCUCCCCAUGGACGCACCACUUGGCCCGUCGCCUCUCGCGAAGGAGGCGUCGACUCGCUCUGAAGCACCGGUCGUCGACGAACCCGAGGCAGUCAGCCCUCAAGGCUAUGUGCCACCUCCCCUCAUCGACUCGAGCACUGGGAAUCCCGGUGCUUUCACCGACGAUGCCGACCUCCUUCCGCAGCCUGAAGUCGCAGUUGACCCAUUCGCCUCAAGUAGCAGGGUCGACCUUUCGUCUGCGUCGAAGAAAUCCGAGGACAAGGACAAAGGUCCUCAAUUCGUCGACGAGCCGGAGAGUUUGAAAGACGAGUCGAUCGAGGAGUCCACGUCGAAGAAGGACGACAAGAAGCCCCAAGUCGACGAACCCAAACCGUUCUUCGACAAGCCUUUCGUCUCCGGCGUCGACGAAGACUCGCAUCGCGAUUUUGCAGCUGCGGUUGAAGAGAACACCGUCCUUUCACCUCCAGGCGAUCCUGCACCUUUCACUCCGAAGUUCGUUCCUCAAGUUCUCGUUCCCCAAGCUCCCACCAACGCAUCGACGGAUUCGUUCUCACCUAUGCUACCCUCUCACCACGAACAUGACGAAGCCACCGCCCCUGUCACCUCGUCUCCAGCUCCUAUCUUCACCAUGCCGUCUCAUGAUUACGUUUUCGGUCACGACGUCUGGGGAGGGAAGCAGCCUGAAGUUCCUCGUUCGAUGCCUGAACCUUCAGGUACCAACGGGAACGCGGAUGUUCGGGAUCGAAGUCAACCUUUCUCUACUCAGCCGCAGCACUCGCCGAAUACGCAGCAACCUCCCGUCUUUACGACUCAAGAAGACGUUAAGCCGAACGUCUCUAUGCCCCUCCCAUCCUUUAAUGAUGUGAUUCCUCCCAAACGCGUUCAACAAGAGCCUUCCACGUCGAGCUUCAUCUACGAUCGUGCUCCCGUCGAUACCGAUGAAACUCGGCCUCUGCUCGGCGUUGGCUCCUCUAGGGGUCCCACCUACAUGCAAGGCGAUUCAUCGAACAUCCUUGACGUCUCGCCUCUCGCCUCCACCAAUGGCAACGCCGCUCCCUGGGUUCCCAGCGUCCCUGGAUCCGUCCCUGCUCCUCGACUUCACGAGCUCGGGUGGCUCGAAUACCAUCUCCCGGACGGGACCUUCUACUACGUCCAUCCCACGCGCAAGAUCAUUACCGACCUUAACCUUCGACUCGACAAGGUCCUUACCGACGUUACGAACUUCUUGGAGAAUGGAUCCGGUAGUGGGUUUGGCGCUAUCCCCAGGAUUACUGGUAAAGACGUUGCGACGCCCGGAAUGGAGAUUUGGUUGAGGGACGUUGGGAACAAGAAGGGGUUCAUCCCUGUCAAGUGUUACGUGGAUCACCAUGCGAGGACGGUUACUGUGGACCGUAUCGUCGACGGAGGACGAGGAAAGAAGGUCGUCGAUGAAGACCAACUCGAUAUGGAGUUCCGGUAUUGGUCGUUUAUGGAGGCUCACCCCGCCCACACCACUCUCCCUGCUAAAGCGAAAGCCGAGGCUAUGGACGUUUUGACCUGGGCUUGGACUGAUCGUCUCCUACCCUCCCAUCGCUCCGUUCCAGCUCCCUUCGGGCAAGAGGAGUGUCAAGAGCUCAUGAACCUCCUUCGAGGCUACAACCCAGACAACCACGAUGAUCACGGUAUUCAGAACCGAAUCGUCUCUCGCAUCCUUCUCCGUGUUGCUGUUUGGCGCCAGAAGUACUUCCGACCCAACAAGCCACUUCCCAAGGACGUAUCCAGUAACCAACUCCAUCUCCCGGCGCCACGAAGAGGGUUCCCCCGCGCAUUCUUCGACCUCGUCAUCUCGAUCAUUUGUCUCGGCCUUCCGUAUCUCUUUAUCGACCGCUCUCGUAUUGGUGGACGAUCAGACGAGGAACAUGGCACGCUCGGCAGCCCUAUGCGAAGCCAUGGUGCCAUCCUCAUCAUGGGAGGCUGCGCUUGCCUCAUGGCUGCCAUCGUCCUUAGUGCCUCGGUUACUUUCCUCGCGCUACCUGGCUUGGAGAGUAUCUCUCGUACUGCCGCCCUCGUCGCCAUUUUGUUUUCGUCAUUCUCGAUGGCCUCGACGCUCGUCGCUGUCUUCAAGGCCAAGUCCGACGUCGAACGGGCGGUCGGUGUUAUUGGUCUCGAGGGUGUCACCAACAUCUCGAAGCGUGCAUUCGUCCUCUCGCUCCCUCUCGUCUUCCUCGCGUACUCGAUCAUCAGCUUCAUCGUCGGCAUUACCGUCUACUCCCUUCGCGGUGGCUCGCUCUUCAAUCCCAACGUUGAAAUUCGGCCUUUCGAAGACUACACGAAAUGGACGGUUAUGGGAUUGGUUGGGGCAUUCGGCGGCAUCUUGGCCACCUCGUAUUUCCUCGCUCGUCGCUGA